CGCAGGCCGAGCAAUGGAUGGGUGAAAGGAAAGAUGGCGGAGAAGGCGCAGAAAAGUGUGAAGAUUGCUCCUGGAGCUGUUGUUUGUGUGGAGAGCGAAAUCAAAGGAGAUGUGACUAUUGGACCUAGGACAGUAGUUCAUCCCAAAGCCCGAAUCAUUGCAGAAGCUGGACCAAUUGUGAUUGGGGAAGGUAAUCUCAUAGAAGAACAGGCAAUUAUCAUUAAUGGCUAUCCUGAAAACAUUAUUCCUACUACAGAGGAAGCAAGAACCAAACCGAUGGUCAUUGGCACUAAUAAUGUGUUUGAAGUUGGCUGUUAUUCUGAAGCAAUGAAAAUAGGAGACAACAAUGUAAUUGAGUCGAAAGCAUUUGUUGGUAGAAAUGUGAUCCUGACAAGCGGCUGCAUUAUCGGUGCCUGCUGCAAUGUCAACACAUACGAAGUCAUCCCUGAGAACACUGUAAUCUACGGAGCGGACUGCCUUCGUCGAGUGCAAACUGAGCGGCCACAGCCACAAACAUUACAGCUGGACUUCCUCAUGAAAAUCCUCCCAAAUUAUCAUCAUCUUAAAAAGGCUAUGAAAGCAACAUCAACACCUGUGAAGAGUUGAAAGCCUUCCUGGAUCAUGAUCAGAAUUAUAUCAGAGAUGUACUACCUUCUUUCUGGACUUUAUGUUUGCAAGAACUAACUUUUUUUGCUUAGUCUGGAAAUUUAGUCAUGCAGUUAUGCAGCUUAAUUUUAUUUAUUAAAAUGUAAAAAAUAAAUUGUGUCAUUGUUAGAUUCCCCUUGAUAGUUUAUAUUUUUAGUGGAUUUAAUUAUCUUUAUUGCCUGUUUUUCCUUGUUAAUGAAAUCAGGAUGACCACUCAUUUUCCCAGUAAACCUGACCCAGAGCCUGUUCCUUGGAGGCAGUGGAAAUAGUCCAGUUCAUUUGGAAGGUAGCAGAGUACUGCACAAAAAGAAGAGCUUAAAAAAUGACUUCUUAAUUUCAGUAGAUAUAUUUUAAAUUACUGCAUAUCCUUAGUGCUUUCAUUAAAUAAUUGAAAUUGUAUAUAUAACUUCAGACAAGGUCAAACAAAUGUGUAGCUCAUCUGGAGUUGAUGUCAUGAAGGCUUCAUGUUGUGGCUUCAAUCCAGACCUGCAUGCUACAUGUAACAGUGAAAAAAGAUUCUGCUGUAAGAAAUACAACAUGCAGUGCUCUCCUGUGCAUAACAUUGCAAUCCUACACUCCCUUGGGAAUAAGCCUCACCAAUCAUAGUUGGGAAUAAGCCUCACCAAUCAUAGUUGGGACUUCACUUUUGUAUAAUUUCCAGAGGUAAAACUUUGUUAAUCGUUUUAAACAAUAUCAUAGUCUUCAUAAGGCUCUUGUUAGGAUUACUGUCCCUAUGUCAAGGUUGAAUUUCUAAGAUGCUUGCUAACCUCUGUUGCUACUCAACUUGCCAUAGAAAUGGGCAAGGGAGAGCCUAGGAAAGAAACGGGAGUUUCAAGAAGCCGUCCACGGACCCUGAGACCCAAGGUCACAAAAGCAGGUGUCUGACGGAGAAGUGGACCAUUCCCAUAACAAACAAAGAGAUGUGAUUGGGCAACAUGGACAUGGGGGGGGGGUUUAUGAAAAACUAUUGUUAACUAACCAGAUUUUCGU